CGACGCUCUCGGUUCCCAUGUGUCGCCAUGGGAGGGAGGUUGCUUCCUCGGAGGCCCUUCUACCCAGUACCUCUGCGACUUACCCUGUGCCACGGCCCCUGGGACGACCGGUCAAGGUCGAACUUGUUCGCCGUCCGCUAUCAUCGUAAAUUUCCUGCCCGGGAGCCUUUCCUCUUUAUUUCGACAGCCGGGUUCACGAUGCUGAGACACGUCCAGCCUAUAUCCACGGUGUUCCGGUGCGGUACGGCUCCGUUAUGGCACCGGCAGAAAAGAGAAGCCGAGUCAUCAGCAACACGCCACUUGGUGGAGCACUUCAUGGGCCCGCAUCCAGCCGCGAUUUUGGGCCGUCGCCAUAGCAUCAUCCCACUACUGGUCUCGGCAACAUUCGACUACAUCGUCCAAGUCCGCCAUCAUCACCCGGCUUCGCCCGGCCGCGCAAGUCUCAAUCCGCGAUCGGUCCCAGCAGCUCGUUCCGGAUCAUUCUUCAAAACAUAGCAGUGCCCGUUGAUUUUGUACUUCAUUUCCAGCUUUUGGCGGUCUGCAUCGGCACGGCAAAGCCAUCCUCUGACCGUCCCUCGCUCGUUGUAUCUGAUAUCACCGACCUCAGUUAUGGCCUCGGCAGGGCGACAGGCUCAGCGCGCUGCGGCGCAGCUCCGGCCUCGUCUCACGGCAUCGAUGCCACGAUUACAUGGCGCGCAAUUGUGUUCGGCCCGGCGGGCUGCCUCGAGCUCGACUGGUCGCACGAGCCAUGGCCGCUCUCCAGUUCUCGCGCUGUGGCUCGCGGCCGCGGCAAUGGGAAUCGCUGCUCCACUGGCUCUGCAGUUGACUUCUACGGAAAGCGUACGGCUCGACAAUACCUCCCUCGCCGACAAAGAUGCCCAGAAGAAGCGCGAGAGCGGCGUCACCGACGACUCACCGAUGCGACUGCGCAUGGAAAAGUUCAUCAAGGAGCAGCAGCAGAUCAUUGUCAAGGAGUUGGAGAAGGUUGAUGGCAAGAGGUUUCGCAAGGACGAGUGGGACCGUCCCAAUGGCGGCGGCGGCAUAACCUGCGUCCUCCAGGAUGGCAAUGUCUUCGAGAAGGCCGGGGUCGGCGUCAGCGUCGUCUAUGGUGCCCUUCCCAAGCCCGCCAUCCAAAAGAUGCACGCCGACCACAAGACGCUCGAUCCCAGCGUCGAGUCCCUUGACUUCUUCGCCGCGGGCCUGAGCAUGGUGUUGCACCCCAAGAACCCAAUGGCCCCGACUGUUCACCUCAACUACCGCUACUUUGAGACGGCCAAACCUGACGGCACCUCUCAGGCCUGGUGGUUCGGCGGCGGCAGUGACCUGACGCCUUCGUAUCUCUUCGACGAGGACGCCAUUCACUUCCACAAGACACUCAAAGAGGCUUGCGACGCGCACGACAAGACUUACUACCCUCGCUUCAAGAAGUGGUGCGACAAGUACUUCUACAACAAGCAUCGCGGAGAGUGUCGUGGUAUUGGUGGUAUUUUCUUUGAUGACCUCGACGAGUCGGAGCGCGACCGUGAUAACACCUUCGCGUUCAUCCAGGAUUGCCUCAAGUCCUUCCUGCCUUCGUAUAUACCAAUCCUCGAAAAGCGCAAGGACAUGCCGUUUACGGAGAAGGAAAAGGAGUGGCAGCAGAUUCGCCGGGGCAAGUACGUCGAGUUCAACCUUGUUCACGACCGUGGCACCGCCUUUGGCCUCAACACCCCCGGCUCUCGUGUCGAAAGCAUCCUCAUGAGCCUGCCCCUGACAGCAAGCUGGAGGUACAUGCACGAGCCGGAGCCCAAAAGCCGUGAACAGCGGUUGGUGGACGUGCUGAAGGAUCCCAAGGAGUGGGUUUAGGGCGGCCAUGGCCUCCGCAACGACAUAUACCAUUGACAUGUACUCAGACAUGGUCACCGAAGUAGGUUUGUGUGUAGUAUCUACAAUGGCGUCCAAAAAUGAGAAGAGAUACAGGAGCUAUAUUCCUGGAAGUGUAUCUAGUACAAUUGGCUGGUAGUCUUGGGUCUCGGAUAGGAGUGGACACGCGCGAAGAUACAGCCAAAAAUGAGUCUCGGCCCCUGAAACUACCAGGGCAUGUACGAUAUGACUAUCAAUCGAACAGCGAUAAUUUUAGAUCCGGACUGUUGAAGAAGGGUCGCUCGUGUGUGCCACAAGGUCUUUCGGAUGCUGGCGGACGAGCUGCACGGUC